CGGCGCGGCGGGGCGUGCGGGCAGCCAGCCGGCUGCAUGGCGCGCUGCGAGCGGCUGCGCGGCGCGGCCGUGCGCGACGUGCUGGGCCGGGCGCAGGGCGUCCUGUUCGACUGCGACGGGGUGCUGUGGAACGGCGAGCGCGCCGUGCCGGGCGCCCCGGAGCUGCUGCAGCGGCUGGCGCGGGCCGGCAAGGCGGCCCUGUUCGUGAGCAACAACAGCCGGCGCGCGCGGCCCGAGCUCGCCCUCCGCUUCGCGCGCCUCGGCUUCGGGGGGCUGCGCGCCGAGCAGCUCUUCAGCUCCGCCCUGUGCGCCGCGCGCCUGCUGCGCCAGCGCCUGCUCGGGCCGCCGGGCGCGCCGGGCGCCGUGUUCGUGCUGGGCGGCGAGGGGCUGCGCGCCGAGCUGCGCGCCGCCGGGCUGCGCCUGGCCGGGGACCCCGGCGAGGACCCGGGCGCGGCCCCGCGCGUGCGCGCCGUGCUCGUGGGCUACGACGAGCACUUCUCCUUCGCCAAGCUGAGCGAGGCGUGCGCGCACCUGCGCGACCCCGACUGCCUGCUGGUGGCCACCGACCGCGACCCGUGGCACCCGCUCAGCGACGGCAGCCGGACCCCCGGCACUGGGAGCCUGACUGCGGCCGUGGAGACAGCCUCGGGCCGCCAGGCCCUGGUGGUGGGCAAGCCCAGCCCCUACAUGUUCGAGUGCAUCACAGAGCACUUCAGCGUGGACCCCGCCCGCACGCUCAUGGUGGGCGACCGCCUGGAGACAGACAUCCUCUUCGGCCACCGCUGCGGCAUGACCACCGUGCUCACGCUCACCGGCGUCUCCCGCCUGGAGGAGGCUGAGGCCUACCUGGCGGCCGGCCAGCACGACCUCGUGCCACAUUACUAUGUGGAGAGCAUUGCGGACUUGAUGGAGGGGUUGGAGGACUGAGCGCACCCGACCUGCAGCCUCAGCCCCACCAGUACCCCACUCUGGUCCCAUAGAUGGAGGCCACGGGCCUCGGGCGGCGUUAAGCAUCACCCGCUCCCUGGCCCCAGUUUCUGCCCCCUGGUGGGGCUGGGACCCAGGAAGGUUUUACACCCCCUCCCAGUGGUGGCUGGGCGCUCUUUGCUGUCCCAGCAGCUGCGCCCCCUCCCCAUACCGGUUCGCCCUGGCCUGACCCAGCCAGGGGGCCUUAACUCCUGCCCUGUGACCUCCACUCCUUGAAAUCUGGGCCCUGGUGCCUGCUGAAGAUUUCCCCCAACCCUGAGCGCUGAAUCCCCACCGCCUCCCUGGGGGCUGCAGAGCCCCACCUGCCCUGGGUCCUGGCCUUGGGUUCCCGUUGACUCAUCAGAGGUCUGUGUUCCCAUGAGCCUUUAUUGUCUUGAGCCCGGAACGGACCAAUCAGAAGGCCAAGUGAUAGACGCGCUGACGGGUCUUGAGUGGACCAACUGGGAGCCUGAGUAAUAAUGAUCCUCUGAUGUCCUGGAGCCCGAGCGGGCCAAUCCGAAGGCGAAGUGACGAUAAUGCUUUCAUGUCCUAGAUCCUGGGCAGACCAAUCAGGACACCAGGUAAUAAUGACCCAUUGGUCUCUUAGAUCCUGAAUAGAACAAUCCAGAAGUCUGAGAGCCCGUGGCUUCUUGACAAUCCGGGUCUGACUGGACCAGCCAGGGGUCCAAUUCUGUCAAUAAAUAAGGGUCCAAGUGCUGAAGACACCCCUCCUCCACAGAUUGCCAUCCAGGGGGCCCCUCAGUGGCUCUGGGGGCUUCUGUAGCCGAGAGCCCCGCCCUUCCCUGAUCACAGUACCAGUCCAGUGUUGAUGGUGGCCACGGCUCAGGAGGGGGGCUUUUGUGGCCCUCCCAGUGCUGUCAGUUUGCUGUGCCAUGUGUCCCCCGUGCCUACCCCCAGCUAUUUAUUUAUUUAUUAUCGUGUGCGAGUGAUGGUGGGGGUGGGGGCUGGGCCUUCCCCGCCACCUCCACCCCUGUGUAACCAGUCCUCCCGUACUUAAUAAAG